ACUGCAACACCAACAACUAAACCAUCUCUUCUUUACAUCAACUUACCAACAAUUCUAUUUUUCAAGAAAAUCAAAAGAAUGCAAACGCUAAGAAGCUUUAGCACGAGGACAAGAAGCCGUCGUGGAGGGUACGAGCGAGUAAGUGAUGAUUCAACUUUCAGUUUACUCGGAGCAAAGCUAAGAAGAUCAACGAGUGUUCCUUACUACGCUCCAUCUAUAAAGCUUGGUGCUGGUGGUGUUCCGACCAUUCUUGAGGAGCUUCCACGUCAGAAAUCCAAGAAAGUCAAACCAACAAGCAAGUUUAGCCACCCUAUCUUUAGCUUUUUGUAUGGGAAGAAGAAGAAGUCUACAACUAGGAAGCCUGAGUUCUCUAGGUAUAUGGAAUAUUUGAAGGAAGGUGGUAUGUGGGAUGCGAGAACUAAUGCACCUAUUAUUUAUUACAAGUAGAUGAUUACUUUUAUGUAAAAUGAAAAUCAAUAAACAAAAAUUAAACAAUGUUUAAUUGAAAUGAGUUUAUAUAUUUUAAUUUUGUGAUGAUAUUUGUGUAUUGUAGUUAAAUUGCUUAUAAGAAUUCAAGUGUUGGACACAAAGCUGGAUGUUUUUUAGCUUAUUUGAUUCGGAUAUAUAUGAUUUAAAAGUUUCAAAGCAAAAGGUCGAGCAGUUUUGGUUUGACUCUUGAGACAUGUAUACACUAAAGGAAGUCUGGAAUAGUGAAUCUACAUGUGGUUACGUGAGGAAAAAGGAAGUCUUCUCUUCUUCCAUUUACUAAAACUGGAGAUUUCCAAAAAUGCAAACCCCAAUCAAUUGUUAAAACACUGAAACAUGCAUACAGUAUCAUAUAUUCAAUAUUUG